CUGAUCUACAUCGGGAAAUGCGAAAGAGCGAGGGUCCACAAAGUGGGUGAGAAGCUAUUCACCGUACUGUUACGCUCUGUGUGAGCAGGAGGAAGGACAAUGGAGAAGUUCUUAAAGGACUUCGAGGUUAACAAGCAUGCGUCGGAUGAGGCACGGCAGAGAUGGAGGUCAGCUGUUACUAUCGUCAGAAAUCGUCGCCGGAGGUUCCGCAUGGUCGCCGAUCUCGACAAGCGAACGGAGGAAAAAAUACGAGUUGUCCUUUAUGUUCAGAAAGCAGCUCUGCAUUUUAUGGAUGCCGCUGGCCCUCUUGAAUAUAUGCUCUCUGAAGAGGUCAGAAAUGCAAAUUUUGGGAUUGACCCUGAGGACCUUGCAUCUAUUGUUCGUGGCCAUGAUAUUAAGCGCCUAAAUUUGCAUGGUGGAGCUGAAGGGAUUGCAAGGAAAGUCUCUGUCUCCCUUAAUGAAGGUGUUCGCUCAAGCAACUUAGCAACAAGGCAAACGAUCUAUGGCUUAAACCGUUUCACAGAGAAAGCUCCAAGAAGCUUCUUAAUGUUUGUGUGGGAAGCGCUGCAAGACUUAACACUCAUUAUCCUUAUGAUUUGUGCUGUGGUGUCCAUAAGUGUAGGAAUUGCCACUGAAGGGUGGCCAAAGGGCAUGUAUGAUGGACUAGGAAUUAUACUUAGUAUAUUCUUGGUAGUCCUGGUCGCUGCUAUUAGUGACUACAAGCAGUCCUUGCAGUUUAGGGAUCUUGACAAGGAGAAGAAAAAGAUCAUUGUUCAAGUUACCAGAGAUGGGAGUAGACAAAAGAUUCCCAUUUAUAACUUGGUUGUUGGGGAUGUUGUUCAUUUAGCUAUUGGGGACCAAGUCCCAGCUGAUGGAGUUUUCAUAUCGGGAUACAGCUUGCUGGUUGAUGAGUCAAGUUUGACAGGCGAAGUUGACCCUGUGAGUAUAAAUGAAAAACAUCCUUUUCUUUCCUCAGGAACCAAAGUUAGAGAUGGAUCAGGAAAGAUGCUGGUAACAGGAGUUGGUAUGAGGACUGAAUGGGGAAAGUUGAUGGAAACACUGACUGAGGGUGGAGAUGAUGAAACUCCACUUCAAGUGAAGCUGAAUGGUGUUGCGACAGUUAUUGGUAAGGUUGGUUUGAGUUUUGCGGUGCUUACAUUUUUGGUCUUGACGGUGAGAUUUCUGGUGGAGAAAGCUCUCAAGAAUGAGUUCACUCAUUGGUCUUCAAGUGAUGCAUUGACACUUCUGGACUACUUUGCCACUGCAGUAACUAUAAUAGUUGUUGCUGUUCCCGAAGGAUUACCACUGGCAGUAACACUGAGCCUUGCCUUUGCAAUGAAGAAGUUAAUGAAUGAUAGAGCACUGGUAAGGCACCUCUCAGCUUGUGAGACAAUGGGUUCUGCCAGUUGUAUUUGCACCGAUAAGACAGGGACAUUAACCACAAACCAUAUGGUGGUUGAAAGGAUAUGGAUUUGCAACAAAGUUCAAGACAUUAGUGGCAACAAGAGCGAAAGCAAUUAUGAACUGGAAAUAUCUGAGGGAGCAUUGAGCAUCCUUUUGCAAGCUAUAUUUCAAAAUACUAGUGGUGAAGUGGUCAAGGAAAAAGAGGGAAAGAACUCUGUUGUGGGAACUCCAACUGAAUCCGCACUAUUAGAAUUUGGCUUGCUAUUGGGUGGAGAUCAUGAUGCCCAACAAGGACAGUUCAAGAUACUCAAGGUUGAGCCUUUCAAUUCGGACAGGAAGAAAAUGUCAGUACUUGUGGCUUUUCCUGAAAGUGGUGUGCGAGCUUUUUGUAAAGGGGCAUCUGAAAUGGUACUGAAGAUGUGUGACAAUGUUGUUGGCCAUAAUGGGGAGCCAAUUGUUCUAACUGAAGAGCUGGUAAAGAAAACCAUGCAUAUUAUUAAUGGCUUUGCCCAUGCAGCCCUGAGAACUCUAUGCUUGGCUUAUAAAGAUUUAGAUGCUAAUGCUUCUGCCGAUAACAUCCCUGGUAGUGGCUACACCUUAAUAGCUGUUGUUGGAAUCAAAGAUCCAGUGCGCCCCGGAGUUAAGGAAGCAGUGCGAACUUGUCUAGCUGCAGGAAUCACUGUCCGUAUGGUUACUGGUGAUAAUAUAAACACAGCAAAGGCCAUAGCUAAAGAAUGUGGCAUACUUACCCAUAAUGACAAUGCCAUUGAAGGACCAGAAUUUCGUAAGAAGUCUCUUGAUGAGAUGAGGGAAAUCAUACCGAAAAUUCAGGUAAUGGCACGUUCUUCGCCAUCAGACAAGCUCACCUUAGUAACCCAUCUGAGAAAUAUGUUUGGAGAGGUUGUUGCAGUGACUGGUGAUGGUACCAAUGAUGCUCCUGCUUUGCACCAGUCAGACAUUGGACUUGCCAUGGGAAUCGCUGGAACAGAGGUUGCUAAAGAAAGUGCAGAUGUCGUCAUUAUGGACGAUAAUUUUUCAACUAUAGUAAACGUAGCAAAGUGGGGACGUGCAGUAUAUAUAAACAUCCAGAAGUUCGUGCAAUUCCAGUUAACUGUCAAUGUCGUUGCUCUGGUGAUCAACUUUGCUUCCGCAUGCAUCUCAGGAUCUGCCCCCCUCACUGCUGUACAGCUGCUUUGGGUCAACAUGAUCAUGGACACCCUCGGUGCCUUAGCACUGGCUACAGAACCUCCCAAUGAUGAAUUGAUGAAGAGACCCCCAAUUGCCAAGGGUGCCAGUUUUAUCACCAAAGCAAUGUGGAGAAAUAUCAUUGGUCAGAGUAUUUACCAAUUGAUUGUCCUUGGAAUACUCAAUUUCGAUGGGAAGAGGCUGUUAAGGCUAACCGGUUCAGAUGCAACCAAAGUUCUGGACACUGUGAUAUUCAACUCAUUUGUGUUUUGCCAGGUGUUCAAUGAAAUUAACAGCCGUGGUAUCGAGAGUAUCAACAUAUUCAAAGGCAUGUUUGAUAGCUGGAUAUUCCUCUGUGUGAUGGUGUCAACAGUAGCUUUCCAAGCAAUCAUAGUUGAGUUCCUCGGAACUUUUGCCAACACUGUGCCACUCAGCUGGCAGCUAUGGCUGCUGAGCAUAGCAAUUGGUUCAGUAAGUAUGGUAGUUGGAGUAAUUCUCAAGUGCAUCCCUGUUGAAAGCACACUCAAACCAAGGCCCCAUGAUGGUUAUGAAGCUCUUGCUAGUGGUCCACAUGCAGCGUGAGAAUUAAAUUUCUGAAGAACUU